AUGGCUCGUACAAAGCAAACUGCGCGUAAAUCUACUGGAGGCAAAGCACCUCGUAAACAGCUUGCCACUAAAGCAGCCAGAAAGAGUGCUCCCGCAACCGGUGGCGUGAAAAAGCCCCAUCGUUACAGGCCUGGAACUGUUGCUCUUCGUGAGAUUCGUAGAUACCAGAAGUCCACCGAACUGCUUAUCCGCAAGCUGCCUUUCCAGCGUCUCGUGCGUGAAAUCGCUCAAGACUUCAAGACCGACUUGCGUUUCCAGAGCUCAGCAGUAAUGGCUCUUCAAGAAGCUAGCGAGGCCUACCUCGUUGGUCUUUUUGAAGACACCAACUUGUGCGCCAUCCACGCAAAGCGGGUUACUAUUAUGCCUAAAGACAUACAGCUUGCCCGCCGAAUCCGUGGAGAACGCGCCUAA